UCUCUCUUUCCACGGUUGCUUAAUUCCAAUGGCAUCGUGAUCGUCUUUCUCUCUCUCCUCCGUCUUUUCAGUUUUCCCAAUUCUUCUUAAAACCCUAAUUUCUUAAAUCUAAUUUGUCUGUUAUUUUUAUCUCGAAUCGGCAAAUUCCGCUCGCCCAAAAAACUUCUUCAAGCUCGAGUUUGCGUUCUGGUUCAUCGAUUGAUGGGUCGCGGCUCAGUGACGUCGCUCGCUCCUGGGUUCCGUUUCCACCCUACGGAUGAGGAACUCGUUCGCUACUAUCUGAAGCGUAAGGUCUGCAAUAGACCCUUCAAGUUCGAUGCUAUUUCCGUCACCGAUAUUUAUAAAUCCGAGCCGUGGGAUCUACCAGAUAAGUCGAAGCUGAAAAGUAGAGACUUGGAGUGGUACUUCUUUAGUAUGCUGGAUAAGAAAUACAGUAAUGGUUCGAAGACGAAUCGGGCGACGGAGAAAGGCUACUGGAAGACGACGGGGAAGGAUCGGGAAAUUCGUAAUGGUGUAAGGGUCGUUGGGAUGAAGAAGACGCUUGUCUAUCACAAGGGUCGAGCUCCUCGUGGUGAAAGGACCAACUGGGUUAUGCACGAGUAUCGGCUUUCUGAUGAGGAACUGAAGAAAGCUGGCGUGUCACAGGAUGCAUUUGUGCUAUGUAGGAUAUUCCAGAAAAGCGGCACGGGGCCUAAGAAUGGGGAGCAGUACGGUGCUCCAUUUCUUGAGGAGGAGUGGGAAGAGGAUAAAAUGACAUUUGUACCAGAUCAAGAUGCUUUCAGUGAAGGAUUGGCUGUUGAUGAUGAUGUUUAUGUUGAUAUUGACGACAUUGCCGAGAAUCCUGAAAAUCUGGUGGUCUAUGAUGCCAUUCCUGUUCCACCUAAUUACUGUCAUGGAGAAACAAGCAAUAAUGUUGAAUCAGAAAACUACUCAGACUCUGGAAAUUACAUUCAACCAGGAAACUAUGCUGUUGACUCUGGUGGCUACUUUGAACAACCAAUUGAAAAUUUUGAGGAGGAUCAGAAGCCUAUCAUUCGGGAUGGUAGCAUUCAGCCUUGUUCUCUGUUUCCGGAUGAACAAAUUGAUUGUGGUGUGCAAGAUGAGAACGCGGUGAAGCUGGAAACUUCCAACAGUAAUGUCUUUGUGGCUGAUACUUGCUACAGUGACAUUCCUAUUGAUACCAACUAUCUGCCUGACGAGCCAUUCAUUGAUCCUAACAACAAUCUUCCACUCAGUGAUGGUCUAUACCUGGAAACGAAUGAUCUCAGCAGUGGUUUACAAGAUGGUUUUAACUUUGAAGAUUAUCUCAACUUCUUUGACGAUGAGGAUACUCAGAAUUUGACUCUUGAUGUUUCUCAAUUGAUGGGAUCUGAAGAUGCUCUUCCUGACCAAGAAGGACUCGACCAGAAUCCUUCCCCUGAAGAAGUGGAGAAGGAGGUCGCAGAAGGCAAAGAGGCGGUGGAGAAAACGGAAAAUGGCGAAGGAUCUUCCUCAAAACAAGAGGCAGAUGUCACGGAUUUCGAAUCAGCUUCAAAGUACCCUUUCCUCAAAAAGGCGAGCCACAUGUUUGGGGCCAUUCCUGCUCCACCUUCAUUUGCUUCCCAGUUCCAAUCAAAGGAUGCUGCAAUCCGGCUACACUCAGCACAAUCUUCAGGUUCAGUUCACGUUACUGCAGGUAUGAUCAGAAUAUCAAACAUGACUCUAGCAGCUGAUAGCGGUAUGGGCUGGUCGUAUGACAAGAACGGUAACCUCAACGUAGUCCUUUCUUUCGGCUUGGUCCAACGGGAUGAUGAGAUGGGUUCCUCUGGAAGCAAGACUGGAGGAACUACAGCGACAAGAGCUAUGUUGAUCUUUAUGUGUUUAUGGGUUCUCUUACUCUCCGUUAGCUUCAAAAUAGGAACCAUGGUCUCUGCUCGGUGAAAGCAUCAAUAGUUGAAUCAUCUCAAGAUAAGCUCUUUCAGUGUUUGUACCUCUCCAAUGAUAUAGGCUUUACUUUGGCAGUGCUUUGCUGCCCAAUAUAUUAUUUUUUCUUUCGAGGGUUUUUGUGUAGUUGGAAUUCUCUUUACAAUUUCUAGUUUGUGCUUCUAGAAAUAAGAACAACUUUUUUUUCUUCUUUUUUUUUUUACGACUGUUAUCAUUUGAUCCUUGCUCUUUGUUUGUUGGAAACAUUGGUUUUAAACG